AUGGAUUGUUUCGACAGAAAGGACCAGCUAAUUCCUCACACUAAAAUUGAGAAAAUAAUGAUAAACAACAUUCGCAUAGAUAAGUAUGACAGUGAACCAAGAAUUGAUGCUCAAGCACUUGAAGUGAUGCAAGAAAUUCUAACAGAGUUUAUUUGCUUUGUGACAGCUGAUAUGGCAGAGGAGGUGUAGAAGGAAAGAAGAGUUGCUUUGAAAGGCUAAGACUUAAUAGAAUCCUUAAACAGACUUGGGUUUGGUCAUUAUACUGGUGUAUUGGAUGCUCUACUUCCAAGAGUUAUGUGA